AUGAUCUAUUAUCUAGUCAUUACUUUGAUUCUAUUAGGAUCAUAUACAGUAUUAACAUAUAAUAAUCUAUUGACGAAUUUUGAAGAAAAUCUUCUCCAUGCACAUAUUAAAACCAAAACUGAUUUGGAUUUAUUUUAUCGAAGAUUCAUUGAAUCAAAUAGUAUAGACGAUUUGAAAGUUGUACAAAAUAUUCAGCAUGACAAUAAUAUUCGAGAUUUAAAUAUAAAACAUAAAUGUUUACCCUCACUCAAUGAUUUGUUCAAUGCCUUCAAUAUACAAUCAGAUAGUAUAAAUGAUAAUUUAACUCUCACGGAUAUUCGACGAUUAUCGCCUGCGUUAGUUUAUGCCAAACUUAAUUCCGACUGUCAAGAAGCACACGGACAGGCAACAUGGAAAAAUAUUCUAAUCGGCUUUAUUGCUGUUACUUUCAUCAAUUGUUCAGCGUUGACUGGUGCGAUUAUUUUGCCAUUCCGAAAAAAGCCGGCUUUCAAAUGGAUUCUUAGUACUUUUAUUGGUUUAGCUGUUGGCACGUUAACAGGAUCAGGAAUAUUUCAUUUAAUUCCGAUGGCAUUUAACAUUCCAAAACUUGAUACUUAUCAUAGUUAUCUGAACAAAGCUCUUUUUACAAUGAUUGCUAUUUAUACAUUCUACAUACGUGAUCAAUUAUCGAGAAUUUUCUUAAAUGUUGAGACAAUAAUAUGUACACAUGGUCAUGGAGAUGAUGACCUAUCAUUACAAUCAAAUGAUCCAACUGAAUCUAUUCCUUCGAGUUCUCAAAAAUCGACUGAUAAAAGUUCUAAAGUCGUCUCUCUAAAUAAACAUGUCGAUAAUUUAAUAGAGAAUUUAAAAGCAAUGAAAGCAGCUGGCUGGAUGAUUUUCAUUGGUGAUAUGUUACAUAAUUUUAUUGAUGGUCUUACAUUAGGAGCUGCUUUUAUGGUAUCGAUUGGUGAAGGUCUUCGAAUGUCUUUACCAAUAGCUUGUGAAGAAUUUCCACAUGAACUUGGCGAUCUUGCUGUUCUACUAAGUAGUGGAUUAACAAUUGGACAAGCAAUUUUAGUUAAUUUUCUAGCAGCUUGCAGCUGCUAUCUUGGAUUCUUUGUUGGUGCAAAAUUAGGAGAAUUAGAAGAAUUUCAUCCAUGGAUAUAUGCUUUAGCUGGUGGAAUGUUUGUCUAUAUUGGACUAGCAGAUAUGAUACCGGAGCUUGUUUCAAUGGGUGAUGAAAUAGAAAAAGAUUAUAUCGAUUCAAAACAAUCAGUAACUAUUCUUUUAAAAGUUAAAAUUUUAUUAUUUCAAAACAGUGGAGUUAUUCUUGGCGUUACCAUUAUGUUUCUACUUGCAAAAUAUGGUAAACAUUUAGAAAAUUUCAUCAGCUUCUAG